CUUUAACAUCCCAACGAAUAAUCUACAACUUCUCAAUGAUUCCCUGGUAACGAACGAUUACAACUAUAACAUGCUUUAUCUAUAAUUUUACAUACUUACUUUAUUGCAACUAUUGUUACUGAAAAAGUAAAGAGCCGAUUGGAUCCGCGAAUUUUCCAAGAUGAGAGGCGGCGCGACGGACUACAAGGGGCAGGAUGAGUACGCCGUUACUCUUCAAAACCUGCUUGCUACGGAAGCGGCAGAGAAGGAGAUGUCGCAGGGAGAGCUCUUCAAGUAUCUUGAUUCAAGUAGUUCUAGUUUUUUAGGAGCACUACUGCAACUACAACUUCAACUACUACAAGUUUUUGAUCUAUCAUCAAUCUCGUUUCAGAUUUUCAAAGAAAGGGACAAGUGGAUCGUCUACUCGUUUAGUAUUGCUUUUCUGAUCGGUCUUGGUCUUUUUGAUAUAACUCAGGUGGAAGAAAGCGGUCGAUGGUCAUCGGCGGCAGCUCGUGUCACUUGUGCAGGAUGGCACAGAUCGGCACGGAGAGUCGGUUUGGUCUCGGCUCCAAGAUGAAGUCCGAAAAUUCGAGGAAGGUCUGCGAAAGCUACAAACAAAAGGUGCGGAUAUGGAUGAAGGUAUUAUGAGAGGAUACAUAGGGUUUUCAAUUUCAAAGAAAAAGAAGGUGUUGGACUUUUUUCUGCGAAUAUCUGAACGAUCAUAAUGACACUCUUGCAAAAGAAAAAGUACUGAUGUAGUUGUUUCCUCUUGCUUCGGCUUAAUAAGUGUAUGAGAUUUCUGAUGCACCGCAGGUGGCUCUCCCCGGCGUACCUACGAUGUACUACGUGCGUCCCUGAACGAGACACAGCGGCGAUGCGAGAGCCUCAAUGCCGACCUGGCGUCCCAGCAAGAGGCGAACGCACAGCUGGUUUCGUCUUUGAAUACCUGCAAAAACAACAAUAAAGACCUCUUAGAGCAAAUCCAACAGCAGACAGCAGACAUCACGAGGAUCACACAGGAGAGGAUAGCGGACGAGCAGAAGCUCGACUUGAUGCAACGACACCAUCGGCAGGAAGAGCAGUCAUGGAAAGCAGACGGCUUUCGAAGACUGCACGUGUUGAGAGACCAGGGGGAUGAGAGGUUUCUUUUUCACUACUUCAGAAGCACGCUUUUCCAUUAGUUUGUUCCUUCGUCAUACAUACCUACGAUUAAGAAGUUGAUCUUGUUCUUGUUGCUUUGCGGGUUUAUAUUCAAGCGCUAGUGGGUGUGGGGGCAAUUGCAUUGAUCCUCGUAAGAGGAAGAACUUAUGUGUAAUGGAUGCGACUCUGUUUUCCCAACAUCAGGCACGCAUGCACGCAGAACCAUUUGACUUCAAAGUUGAAGUUUGUGCAAGCGCGGGCUGCAAUACUGCGAGAGGAGACGGAGGGUCUUCGACAGCAGAUGACAGACCAGAGAACACAGCUGGUUGGCAUGACUGAGCAAAUGUCGGGAUCCUAUCAGGCAGUAAAUUCGCGCGUACUGCAAGAGAUGGAGACAAAAGACAAGCACCACAGAGCCUCAAGAGACAAGCUCAAGGAGAAGAUAAAAGACCUGGAGCUAAAGCUUAUGGAGGUAUACGAGAUUAAGCGUUGUUUUCGAAGAUAAAUCAGUAGCGAUUGUGAUAAUGCCUCUUCACUUUCUUUUUGCGUCAAUAAAUGGGGAAUUUUCCGUAUCGAUGCACGUAUUAUUUUCGCAGAAGAAUAUGUUGAUAUCAAAGUCAACUCCACUUUCUGCAGGAGCACGAGUUUCAUGGACACGAGGUGUCCUCAUGGUCGCACCGGUAUGUAGGAGUGCAAGCGGAAAAGGAGGAUAUUCAGGCUCGAAUGGAUCGAGAACUAUCAAUGUUGACUGCGCAGAAGCAUGGCCUUGACAGAACUGUCAAAGCGGAACUGGCACUGUAUGAGCAGGAGCUAAAGAAACUCAAAGGCACAAUCCAGGAUUGCCACGGCGCAAAGGGCGAUUUAGAAAAAGUGCCACUGUUGAAUACUUUGACUUUUCUUUCUAAUAGUCAGCUCUUCUUUCAUCCAAAAUAUCAGCUGUUCCUUUAACUUUUCUUAUCUGCCGCGAGAUGUACGAUCAUCGACUGAAGUGGCGGAAGUGCUAUUUGGUUUUCUCGUUUUCAAAGAUGGCUCUUAUACUAGUACUGUCAUUCAUUGAGCAAGAGUCUCAACAUUUUUGCUACAGCAACUGGACGAUGCGAAGCGAGAAGUUUUCAGGCUUCAAAGUGUCUACGGUAGCGUGGAGACUGAGGCUCAGUGCAAGGAAACCGUCGUUGCUGAUCUCAGGAAGCAGCUUCGAGAAGCUGACGACGCGCUCUCAGCCGCCGUUGCAGGUAAUGAGCACCUCAAGUGCCAAAUGGAGGAACAGAGACUGCGCUUCCAGGAUAUGAACGAGGUUGAGCUUGCACGACUGAGGAAUAGCUACGAAGAAAAAGUGCAGAAGCUGGGGGAGCAACAACAAAAUGAAACGCAACUGCUGGAGUUUCAGAUCAAGUCCCUAGACGAGGUGUUGUCGGAGAAGGACCAGCAGAGGGAACGACUGGUGAGGAUGAUGGAAGGUCUGCAGAGCGAAUGUGGAGCACUAGAAAGAGACGUGGCGGUUAUGAAAGCGACCUUCGACCAAGAUGUGCGAAACCGACACGACCUAGAGCGCGAAUACGCACAGUGCAGACAAGAAUGGUAAACGAACAGUUCUUCGUGUAGCAUUAUUUCCAUCCAUCCAUCCAUCAUGGAAUGAAUGUGUGAGAAAACAAAAACUAAAACAUUCUUUUACUCCAGUCUGCGUUUAGAUGAAUCUGGAGUGAACUGCAUUCCAUUCGUUGCAUUGGGAAAUAGUAAAAAAUUAUUCUUCAGGGCAAGACAAAAACUGACGGUUAUCGAGACAACGGAGACGAAUAGUUCGAAGAAAGCGACGCUGGAAACAGAAUUGAAAUUUUUGACCGAUAGUUAUGUCGAUUACAAGCGCCAGGCUGCAAGCAAAGAGACAGAACUGCAAGGUACUACUUGUUAAAGAACUACAAAUGUCAAUAUUAUGUACGCCUUUUUUUAGAACCUCACCCAUCAAGCCGAUAACUGAUGAUGAAAUUUUUCUCACAAAAAGUAGGUAUUCUUAAUAACUUUAACUCUGCACCAUACAAAUUUUACAGGUCGUAUCAAUUCCUUCGAAGACGUUCUCAAGACGACCCGGGCGCAUCAAGUUGAAGCAGAGGCCUCAUUACGGGAGGUUUUGGAUGUCAUCGCAAAGACGAAGCAAGACGCCAGCAUGCAAUUGCAAAUAUCAACAGAGACUUGCGCGCAACUUGAGCGUGACCUUGAACAGAAGAAGCUCGAGUGGGAAGAAGAACGAAGAAGGCUUGACGUCUGUCUCGAAAACGAGCGCAGGGAUGCUGCAGAUAGCAGAGAAAAGUACUUUUCCUAUUCGAGGAGAAGAUUUGAUAAGGUCGUGAUUAAGAAGUGACUGCAAGUAAAAAUACCUCGUUGUUCCCGUGCAGUAGGCAACGUUGUAAGCUUUGAUGAAUACUAGAAGAAAUGUUUCAAUGUGUAUGCAGUGAUUGUGCUUGUUAUCCAUAGGUAUGAGAAGUGGCGCGAGCAGCACGCGGUCGCCUUACGACAGGUCUCAGAGGAAAGCAGCAGCAAAAUUCAAGCGCUGGAAGACGACAAGAACAAAAAGCAUGAAGAUUUUGACGGUCGGGAAAAACAGCUCCAGGUCGAGAUUCAACAGAAUAACGCGAAGACAGAUCAUCUGAAACAGGAAGCUGCGCGGUUGCGACACACGGUUCAGGAUAGUAACAACCGCUUCACACAGCUCAAGCAUGAGGUUGAGCGGGAGGAGCGGGAAAUGAACUUUCAACAUCAGCAGUACUACGAAGAGUUGAAGCAGCUCGCUGCCCAGGUAGAGGAGAGCAAGCGAAAUGAGUCGACUAUUAUGAAGCAUCUGGAUUCAACGGCACUUAGAAACGAACUCGAAAACAAGCGAUUAUACAAAGAGCUCGAGGAGACGAGAGGUACUACAAUAUUUUGAUGAAGUUGUUUAUUGGGGCCGUUCAUCUAUACCAGAAAUCCAUGAUAAUUAAGGUUCCAAAUUGAUACAGAACAAGAUUAAAAACCCAAAACUAUGUAGCAGGUGGAACUAUUGUUCCUACUGUCGAUUCAAAAAAUUUUCAGAAAUCGGCGGCAACACGCUUCGCGAUGCAGAAGGUAAGCUGAACAAAUUCAAGGGUACCUAUGCGGAGACUCUAGAGGGCACGUCGCAGAAAUACUCUCACGAGUUGACAAAGGAACAACAACGACUGGAAACCGUUGCGCGCGAAAACGAGCAGCUAAAAACCUUUCUCCGUGAGGAUAUGGGAAUCGCUGCUCCCUAA